UUUUCCCCUGGUAUAAACCAUACUAAUGUUUACAUUCAAUAAAAGUGUGUAAAAACAUGGUUCUAUUGACAAAUUCACUUCUAAAACUAGAGAAACGUGCAAGGAAAAUCAUCAAACCAAAAAAGUUCCUCGAUACCCUCCAAAUUACAGUCAAAGGAGGACACGGUGGAAAUGGAAUGCCUAAAUACGGUGGUAUUGGAGGACAAGGUGGUGCUGUAUACUUAAAAGCAGUAGAAAAAUGUUCAUUAAAGGAACUGUGGAGGAAAAAUCCAUCAAAAAUGAUAGAAGCAAGAAGUGGCGAAGAUAGCAAUAAGAUGAGACUUGUUGGACGUAGAGGAGCUGAUCAGGAACUAGAAAUUCCGUGCGGCGUUACUGUAAUUGACAAUGACACAUCACAGAUUAUUGGUGAAUUGAAUAAGGAAGACGAGACGUGCUUAGUAGCCUCUGGAGGCGCAGGAGGCUGUUCAGGAAGCAGUUUUAUAGGCACAAAAGGAAAUGUCAGGAAUAUCACACUGGAUCUUAAAAUAAUUGCUGACAUUGGGCUUGUUGGAUUUCCAAAUGCAGGCAAGAGCACUUUACUGAAAGCGAUAUCGAAUGCUAGACCUAAAAUUGCGUCAUAUCCAUUCACAACAAUUAUGCCACAAAUUGGUGUCUUAGAGUAUUCAGAUUAUAGACAAAUUACAGUUGCGGAUCUUCCAGGAUUGAUUGAGAAUGCUCAUAAAAAUAUUGGAAUGGGUCAUCAGUUCCUUAAGCAUGUGGAACGAACUCGAUUACUAAUGUUAAUUGUCGAUAUUAAUGGAUUUCAAUUGAGUCAGAAACAUCAGCGACGAAAUUGUCUCGAAAAUGUUUAUUCGUUGAAUAAGGAACUGGAACUGUAUGACUCAACAUUACUCGAAAAGCCAUCAAUAUUAUUAAUUAACAAAAUGGAUCUUGAUGGAAGUAUUGACAAGUUUAUAGAAUAUGAAAACUAUUUCAAUGACUUAAGUUUAGCUGUGGAAGAAAUUUCUGAAGAUAUCAGACCUGAAAAGCUACUCAAGUUCGAAAGAGUUAUUCCAAUAUCUGCCAAAAUGUAUCAGGAAGUUGACAAAGUUAAAGAAGAAAUUAGAGACGUGAUUGACGAAUUGGAUAGACGGAAUGAUGAAGACAUAGAUUCUAAAGUGAAUGAGAAGCUUAGAAAAAAGUUGAUGGAACAUGGUCCAAAAAUGGUGUAAAAAGCUUGUCUAUAGAAUUGAGCAUUUAAUAAAUUAUAGAAUUUUUUGAUUAA